AUGACGCACUCCACCGAUCUUCAGUGGCUGGUGGUUCGCCAGAACAGCAAGUUCCUUCAGAAGCGCAACGGCAUCCGCCUCAGCAGCGAUCCCUUCAACAACAACGCGAACUGGACGAAGCGCCACGCCGGCUUCCUGAACACGAAGGCCGCCGUGGUGAAGACGAAGGGCGACCGCAUCGUCGUGACGACGAAGAACGGCGAGGCGGGCAACAAGCCCAAGUCGAUGUACCAGAAGGCCGUGAUGGACGCCGGCGUGAAGGCCUCCGCUGUGAGCAAGGCCGUCGCCGCGGUGCGCCCCGACCUCGCCAACGUGGCCUUCCGCCGCGCACGCAAGAUGGCGUUCACGGUGAACCACAUGAACAAGGUGCGUGCCGCCCGCAAGGAGCGCUCGUCGAAGAUCACGUUCCAGCGCAAGUCCGUCCGCCCCAAGCGCCACUGA